GUCCGUGGCCACGGUGUCGGUUUCUUUCUUUCUAGCGAAGCGAUCUAUCUUCUUCUUCUCCUCCUCCUUCCAAACCAUUAUAAUCUAAUCUAUCCGUCAUCUCCUAGCGCUGGCCGUGCGUGGCUUCGUCUCCUCUGCUAUCGCUUCCGAGUUCUCUGUUCCCAGAUUCCCUUUUCGCUGCCCGCCCCAAUCACCACUUCAAUUCUUUUCUUCUCCAUCUCCGACCUACUACUUCGACUGGCUGUUCGUCAUGGCUUCCAACGAUUCCAACAAGAAUGUUCCCCCAUCUGGUUCUUCAGAGAAAUCUACAAAACCUGAAGCAUCUUCUGCAGCAUCAGAGUCAGGGCAAGGAAGAGCUUCUGCUACACCUGGAGCAGCUUUUGCUCCAAAUCCUUUUGAUUUCUCAGCAAUGUCUGGCCUGCUUAAUGACCCAAGCAUUAAGGAACUAGCGGACCAGAUAGCAAAAGAUCCUUCAUUUAAUCAGAUGGCAGAACAGCUGCAGAAAACAUUCCAAGGUGCAGCUGUUGAAGAGAGUGUGCCUCAGUUUGACACACAGCAAUAUUAUUCUACCAUGCAGCAGGUUAUGCAGAACCCUCAGUUUAUGGCUAUGGCUGAACGCCUUGGAAGCGCGUUGAUGCAGGAUCCAUCAAUGUCACAUAUGCUUGAGCAUUUGACAAAUCCGGUGCAAAAAGAUCAAAUGGAGGAAAGAAUGGCACGCAUAAAGGAAGACCCUUCUUUGAAGCCCAUUUUGGAAGAGAUUGAGAGUGGUGGUCCGGCUGCCAUGAUGAGAUAUUGGAACGACAAAGAUGUUCUGAAGAAGUUGGGUGAAGCCAUGGGUGUAGCAGUUCCUCCAGAAGCAGCCACCUCAGCAGAAAACUCUGUCCUAGAGGAAGCCGAAGAAGCUGGAAAUGAUGACGAAUCUAUUGUUCAUAACUGUGCCAGUGUCGGGGAUGUUGAGGGUCUUAAAGCUGCGCUAGCCUCUGGCGCAGAGAAGGAUGAAGAAGAUUCUGAGGGAAGAACAGCUUUGCAUUUUGCCUGUGGAUAUGGAGAGGUCAAGUGUGCUCAAAUCCUUCUUGAAGCGGGAGCCCUGGUUGAUGCACUGGAUAAGAAUAAGAACACGGCUCUCCAUUAUGCAGCUGGGUAUGGGAGAAAAGAGUGUGUAGCCCUCCUACUCGAGAAUGGUGCUGCAGUAACUUUGCAGAACAUGGACGGGAAGACUCCCAUUGAUGUUGCAAAGCUUAACAACCAGCAGGAGGUUCUCAAGUUGCUCGAGAAGGAUGCCUUCCUGUGAUUGUUUGGAUAAGCUACUGUCAUGUGUUACGUUUAUGGGGGGUGCAAUCAGCACAUCAGUGUACCAAGAUAAUUUGCCACUGCCUUGUUUGACGAUGCUAGAUUGCUGAAUGAUUUUACUGUCCCUUGAGCUUAUGAGUUGUUGAUUGAUAUAUGUUGCAUUCGGGUGGCUUGGAUGUCAUUCUACUAUGCCAAUGUGUCGCUCUCUUUUAACAAGUAGGAACGCAUGAGUGCUGCUGAGUUUGGUUCUGACGUUGUCGUAAACAGGUUUGAAUUUUAGAUUCUUUAUAUGAUGCCUUUUACAGGCGCAAUGGAGUCUGCCAGGGCUUAUGACAGAAUGUGACAGAAGUGUCAGGGAUCCGGACAUCCGGAUGGGUCAUAUGGAUGUUUCAGCAGUAUGCUCUCUGGUUAUGUUAUGGUGACUCUGCACAUCGAUUAAACGAUUUCCUGAGUUUAUUAUUGAAACUCUGCUACUGCAAGUUAUGACCGACAAUGUGACUCGUGUUAAAGAGUAAGGGAUCCGGAAGGAC